CAUCCACCCCCGGAGUGGGUGACGCCAACGCCGCCGCUGCCGCUGGGAACGGGGGAGCCGCCACCGCCGCUACCAGCGCUGCCACCGGCGGCACCGACACCGGUACCGGCACGGCGCGGGAGGACGGGGCAGAGUGGAGGGUGGCAGCGGGGGGGAGCGGAGCCGGUGCUCAUGUGCCUGCGUUCCCGGCGGGGCGAUGAAGCAGCGAUGACGAUGGCAGCUGCCGAGAGGACCCUUCGGCCUUGGAAACCGGACCCGGGGCAGGCGGAGGGGGAUCGGCCGCCCCCGGGGCCGUCGCUGCCCCUGACCCUCACCGUCCUGGCCUGGCUGGGCACUGGCACCACCAUGGCCAGCCUCAACAAAUGGAUCUUCACCACCCACGGCUUCCGCUACCCGCUGCUGCUCUCGUCCCUCCACAUGCUGUCGGGAGUGGCCGUGGGGUAUCCGCUGGGCUGGGCGCGGGGUCCGGCCCCCCCGGUCCCCCGGCCCCGCGCUAGGAUCUAUCUGCUCAGCCUCACCUUCUGCACCAGCGUGGCCUUGGGCAACCUGGGCUUGAGCUACGUGCAGCUGGAGGUGGCGCAGGCGGUGGCCACCACCACGCCGCUGGUGACCCUGGUGCUGUCGGGGCUGCUGGGGGGCCGGCGGCACCACCCGCUGCAGUACGUCGCCAUGGGGCCCGUCUGUGCCGGGGCCGCCUGCAGCAUUGCCGGUGGCCUCCGCUUACACCAGCCCGGCUGCGGCUUCCUCCUGGCCGCCACCGUCCUCCGCGCCCUCAAGUCCAUACAGCAGAGUCUGCUGCUGCAGGAGGACCGUCUGGAUGCCCUGACCCUGCUCUGUUUGACCUCCCUGCCCAGUUUCUGCCUGCUCUUCGGGGCAGCCGUGGCACUGGAGGUGGGUCCCUCCUGGGAGGGGGUCCUGCGCUACGACGGCGCCCUCUGGGCCUGCGUCCUGCUCAGCUGCCUGGGCUCCGUCCUCUACAACCUGGCCACCUUCUGCGUUCUCUCCCUCACCUCUGCUCUCACCGUCCACGUCCUGGGCAACGUUGCCGUGGUGGGCAACCUGCUGCUCUCCCGCCUGCUCUUUGGUAGCCACCUGAGCGGGCUCAGCUACCUGGGCAUCGGGCUGAUGCUGGCCGGGAUGUUCAUGUACCACCAGCCGGACCUCAUCGCCGCGGGCUGGGCACAGCGGCCGGGACGCGGCCGGCCCAGGCGGGAGUAGGGUCCCCAGCGGGGACAGGGGUGGAUGGGAGCCUGGAGGGAUGCAGGCCAUGGGAGAGCGUGGCUCUGGAGGUGCACGUGUGCAGGUGCACGUGUGCUGGUGUGCACACCUACCAGUGUGGUGCAUGGCUCUGUGUGCCCACGUGGGUGCUGGUGUGCACAGCUCUGUGUGCCCAGCUCUGUGUGCCCACGUGGGUGCUGGUGUGCACAGCUCUGUGUGCACAGCUCUGUGUGCCCACGUGGGUGCUGGUGUGCACAGCUCUGUGUGCCCAGCUCU